CUGUAUUUUGAGGCUCCUCCACCAGAGAAGAGUUGCAACCAUCUUCUUGAAGUCAAAGACGACGAAUUUCCUGGAGUCUCUGUAGAGUUUGAACUAAAUUCGCACGUGAAACAUUUGAAAAAAUUUCCAGAAAAUAAGUUUCGUAGCAGAGUUUCUGGAAUACUUCGCAUCGAGCCUGAGAGACUUAUAGUGCUGCGAAAUCGUUGCAUGGACAACGACAAGAAAUUUGUUUUACAAUUCGGUGUAUUAAAAAGAGAUGUAAUAAUCGAGCGGAAAAAGGUUUUUAAGAAAAUUUUUUUAGUAUGUAGGCUCAAUUAA